AUGACGCAGGGGAGUAGACGUCGGGAGUUACUAAUCGACCGGCAAACGACGUGGAUAGGAAGCCAGUUCACCGUCACUAACGCGGGACAAUUCCCCUCGCCGGCUGCCGCACAGCGGGGAACUGACGGGGUGGUGACGGAUCUGGGGAAGAAGCGUUAUCACCCGUGCGCGUUCUCCCGACAAUUGCUCUGUCUGGCCGCUGAAAACAACGACGGCGUCGAGGCGGCUUACGAGUGCGGCGCUCAGGGGCCGUCGGGACCUGGGCCCGCUGAAGGCACCGGCGGAGCUGUGGGAAGCGGGGAGCCGCCGAGGCAGCGGCCGGGACUGGCGCCGGCGGGCUGUGGCGGCGCUGCGGGUGCGGCUGUGCCGAGGGGCUCGCGAGGCCGGGCCGGCCCCGGCGGGCAGCGCAGGCUGAAGCCGCUCCCGUGCCCGGCGGCGCGCGGGCCGGUGCCGCUCCCCCAGCGCGGGCCGUUGGGGCCGGCCCUCGCGCGGCGGCCGGUGCAGGGCGAGUGGCCCGAGCGUCCGUUGGCGGGGAGAGCCACGGAGGGGCAGCGGCUGCCCGGCGCUGUCGACCCCAAGCGCUGCCCGGGCAAGCUGUGGCAGCUGGUGAACAGCCCGCGCUGCGGCUCCGGGCGCUGCGAUGCCCGUGGCGAGGGGCAGCUCAUCGACCGGCGGCUCUUCGAGCGGGAGCUGCCGGGCGCGGGGCCGGCCGGCGAGGGGGCGGUGCUGGCCGCCGCCUUCUUCAAGAUCAGGAACUUCCCCAGCUUCAUCCGGCAGCUCAACCUGUACGGCUUCCGCAAGCUGGGGCCGGGGCCCCCGCAGGCUGCCGGGGGCGAUGCCGGCAGCUCGGCCGGGCCCCUGCUCCACUUCCACAGCCCCCGUUUCCGCCGCGACCGCCCCGACCUCCUCGUCCACCUGAAGCGCCUGACGAGAGCCAAAGAGAAGCCGGCGGCCGGCCUGCAGGUGCCCAGCCGCCCGCCCCAGCGCUCCCAGCGCCUGCUCGGCACGGCGCUGCACGGGGACCCGCUGCUGCCGCCCCCGGGGCUCGGCGAGGCUGCCAGGCCCGGACUGGUGACUGGAGGACAGGUUCCUCAACCUGGUGGUCCAGAGAGCUUCUUUGGUUACUUGGACAAAGCGGCCUUGGGCCAGAACCCCAGUGCUUUUGUGACGCCUUUCCAGCAGACUCCAAUCCCUUCCAGAACAUGGCAGGGCUCUUUUGGGCUGCUGCCAGGGCACCGGGCUUCCCCAGCUUUUCCAGGCCCAGGGGCUCCCUUUCCCGUCCUGCACGAGCGUUCCACAGAGGCCACGUACACUCUGCAGACUGUGUUCUCACUUCUGCCGCUUCAGCGAGGGGCUCCAGCUGGGGCCGCUUCCCUCCCGCAAGACAGCAGCUGCGAGUCUCCAGGGCAGUGCUCGCAAGCCCCCGAUCCAACGGCUGCACUACAGUGUCCAUCACCCCCUGCCCAGGAAGAGCCUCUCGCUGCCAGUGCUGCAGCUGCAGCGUGCACUGGCUGCGGCUUUGUGCAGAGUCCAUCAGCGCAGCCACCUUCUGCAGCUGAAUGCCUGCCCUCUGGCGGGGCAUCUGGUGAAGAGAAGAUGAUGGAGGAAUUAAGUUUUGAAGCCAUACUUGAGGUUCUGGAUAAGAUGCUUUCACCACUCAACGCCGAAAUAGUGCCACCGGAACCUGUGGAGCGCGAGAUGUCAGUCCCUCAGUCUCUCAGAAGUCAGCCACUCCUGGUUAAUAGUGGGAACAGCCACACCCCUUUUGCUGCUGAGGAGAGUCAGCUGGCACCUCUGACUCCUGCAGCAGCAGACACCUCAUUUCUGAUUGAAGCAGCUCAAGCAUUAACUGCUGCAGAAGGCUGUGAUGGAGAACUUCUUUUUGCUCCCUAUGACACCGCAUCCAUAGAAUUUGCCGCUGCUGCUGAAAUGGCACUAGAACCUGUGGCCACAGAAGCCCCCGAAGAAGGGAGAGAACAGGUGGAUCACUGCCCAGCUCACCCCCUUUUACAUCCUUCAGCUUCAGGGUGUUGAUUCUAUAGGCUAUUUGCAGAGGAGAUUCAUACUCUAGAAGAGGAGAAAACUAGUGUUCAAUGGGACUCGGUGACAGAAGAGAGACACUUGACUUCAGGAAGCCAGGCAGUGAGCAAACUUGUAGAAGAGCCAGGGUCACCUGUAAAACCGGGUUGCAGGAAAAGAGGACACAGCUGGGGUGAGGAUCCCCAGGAGCUGGGAGGUGGAGCCUGCAAGCAGGGCUGCUCCGUGGAGGAAGGCACCGGAAUGAGGAGUGUGUGAACAUGUGGGUUCCCCCCUGAGAGUCCGGCAGCAGCGCUCCGCACACAACUGGCAACUGGGAUUGGGCUCACACCUCUUCUGCACAUUUGAGAACUUGGAAGAUAUUUAUAGCUUUAUAGCUUUAUUUGUAU